UGUGUCGAGGCAGCAGCGGGAUUCAGUUCGCAUGAUCUUGAUGUCACAGGUGUCUUGGGAUUUCUCCUCUGUCAGGCCUUUAUAACGGCAUCGCCUCUGACAAGAAAAACAAACAUGCAGAGCGAGGAGGUAUUUCCCGCAGCACCGACUGUCAGACUCCGCUGUGAACUUGUGAAGUCCGUUUGGGCGUGUGCCUCUCAGGGGAGGGUAAUAAAACACCCCAAAAGAAGAAAAAGGGCAAGAUGCAGACUGUCAAGAUGGUGCGAGGCUUCAUGGCCCGUAGACCAAUCGUGGGGAACAUGGUAAUCUAUGGGACCUUGUAUACUGGGGCAGAAUUUGUGCAGCAGACAUUCAACAACAAGGUCAUGGUACCAGAGGGGUCAUCCGCCAAGCCAUAUGACACAGCAACGCUGGCCCGAUACGGCUUCAUGGGGACAUGCGUGUUUCCUCAUGUCCUCUACCAUGCAUACAAGUUCCUUGAUUCAAAGUUUGUGGGGAAGAGCUUAAGGGUUGUGCUCCCAAAACUAGCAGUAGAUGCCCUACUAGUGACUCCUGUUAACCUCACUCUGUUCUAUGUUGGCAUGAGUACUUUGGAAGGAAAAGAUGACUUGCUGGAGGAGUGGAAGAAGAAAAUUGUUCCCACUUUUGUGACUGCCAGUGUGUUCUGGGUCCCAGCAUCGCUCAUCAACUUCAGGUUCCUGCCUCCCCAGGCUCGUGUUGUGUUCGUAGGAACUUGCCAAGUCAUAUGGGUCUCCAUCCUUUGCUGGUUCAAACGGCAAGAAUAUUAAAGGUUCCCUAUGUAGGAGGACCUUCAUGAAUAAGGUAUAUUUGUGACAUUUCACAGUUAAAUUUUAAGGGAUUUCCAAGUAGUGCAUCUGUAGAGUUAUUUUUGUAACAUCACUAAGGUUAACAAAUUAGUAUGGGAGAGGUGGUGGGUGAGAAUAAAUAUGUGGAAGUAAGAUUACUGUAGUGUGGGAAAUGCAUGUUAUACUACUAACCAAAGAAAAUUAGCUGUUGGUAAGGGAAAAACACUCUUCAUGAAUGUACUAAUAUGUUUUUUAUAUUGUGUGAAAAUGCAUGAAAUGUCAAGAUAGUGGGGAGUGAAAGCUUACCCAAAAGUCCUUUGGGUAAGCAGGUGAGACAAAGCCAAAAUAUGAGGUGAUGCAUGAGAACAUGGUGGUGAGGUUCAGUUUGGGACAAGAGAGAAGUGUGCUCUAGGGGAUAAAUGAGGAAAUUGGAAAAAUUAUGAAAUUAAAGUAAAAAUACCUAGUGGGGAUAACAGACAUGGCAGACUUAAAAGAUAAAAGUAUAUGGUAGUACUGCUUGACCUCCACCAUUCAGGCUUAACCACCAUGAUGCCACCAAAAAAUAUCCAGACUAAAAACAGCAGCUGCUGUGUAAAUAUAGGUCAGUUUUAUUUUUGACAAGCAGAUGGCUGCACCAUCUUAAUUUAGCCCAAAUCCAUCCCCACAACUCUGAUGUCAACCCCAUAUGGGGCCUGGGUGCCUGUGGGCUAAGAAAGAAAUUUGUUGAUACCUGUCUUAUAUUUUAUUCACUCGAAAGCAAUAUGAGUAACUGUUGAGGAAAGAAGGGGCAUGUCCUAGUCCCUUCUACUGCAUAUAUGCUACUAACUCUUUAACACCAUCCCACAGUUGCAAUGAAAGGCAGUCCUGCUGCGAGUAAAAUGUUACUGCACUUCAUAACGUUGCCACAUGAAGUAGAGACUUCAGAUUUAGGGUAGACUGAAGAGGGAGAUGGUUAAAAGGAAUGCUCAUAAAUUGAAAGCUAUUAUUGGCUUAGGCAGUUGUGAAAUUGAUAAUGGAAAGUGAGCAAUUUUCGGGAAAAUGUCAACACUGUUCUACGGGGAGAACCGAUUUCACGUUACAUCCCUGCCCUUUAGGGGUUAGGGGAUGUGGUGUGGCAGGUGAAGGUCUGUUGAUCACGAGUAUCAUACACAUGGGAAAGUGAGGUAACACAGGUAUUCAGGACCCAAUCCUUGUUUUCAGAGAUAAAAAGGGAGAUAAUGUUUGCAAAGUACUUUCUUAAAAACCAUUAAAAAUAAGGGGUGACUUUUUAUUGAUCACAGUACCAGCUAGGUAUUUUAUUAGUAAAGUGGGAUUUUGACAACACGGAAUUUUAUUAGUAAAGUGGGAUUUUGACAACACAGACUUCACUGCAGUCUGUGGCUAGUACAGUGCAACUGCAAUAAUGGAGCUUCAGUAAUUACCUUUAUCCAGUAAAAUAUUUAAACUAAGGAUAUUGUUCCUUGCAUGGGAAAAAAUACAACCAAAAAUCCCACUUCCUUAUACUGUCUCUAUGAGAAAUGGAAUAUAUGAGAGCCGUGAAUGAGUAAAAAAAGUGACAAAGGAUGAGAGCCAGUGGAAACAUGACAAUCACUGAAAUGACUCCUAGGUCUAGCAACUCAGGAAAUGUUUGUUGUGAAGAUGAUGUUUAUUAACUGAUGUUUUGAGCUGUAAAUGAGAACCUUGUAUAUAGUCAAGAAGGAUGGUUUCCAUAUGAAUUAAUUUGGAGGGUAAAUUUUGAUGGUUUUCUAUUCCAGUAAUGGGAUUUUGUAUGUAAUAUAGUGCUGGUAGUUUCUUGUAGCCUAUAAUGAAUCUGCAUCCUACAAGAGGUUGUCAUUCUUUAAUGUAUAUUAAUAAUUUAACAUGAACUUAUGGAGUGGUUUGUGUGCAUGCUAGAUGAGACAGCACUGCCAUCUUAGUACAUGACAGCUGACCAUGACAUCAGAAAGGGGACUUCAGAUGAAUAUGGUGCUCACAGAUGUAUUAUACUGAAGUGCAGCCUCUUGCAAUAUGCAGUUUGUAUUUUCAGUAUAGAAUUUGACUUGGUCUCAAAAGUAAAUCUUAAUUUCAUUGUUUUUGUCUUACACCAACUUAACUAAUGGCCUGUGGGGUGUUUGAGGGUAGUUUACUAUUGAAAGUGUAGCAUGGCAUGUUUAUUUGAAAAUGUUUUUCCGUGGUUAUUGCAUUGAAAGUUUACAUACUAAUGACAGGUUGUUAUAAUAGUGAAAAUAUUAGCAUAAUUCUAGUAAGCACUUAAAAAGUUGCUUCAUGUUAUUCUGCUAUAAACGGUUUGUUUUAAAUUAAAGAUGAAGGGUUUGCAGAGUAAUUAUCUUUUUAAGGAUUCAUAGGAUCCUCAAGUGGAAACCAAUGAGAAUUACUGUUACUCUUAAGAGUAGCUUCUAUGCAAAGUUUUAAGAUAACUAAAAUGAAUUAAAAGUAUCUUUCUCCUUA